CAAUCCAUCGACUCCUCCGGCCACUAUGCAUAGCGCGAACCUACGUAGGGAGGGCGUAGUUGCUGUAGGUACAGGCGAGCAGUCGCUUAGUCAGUAAAAGAACAUGCUUCCUGAAGACGCCCUACGGCUGAAGCUAUUCCUUUCAAAGGAGUAGCUAGAGCCGCCUGGGAACACCCGCUUGCACCCAGGUGGUUUGCUUUGUACUCUGUUCAACAAUUAGAAUGCUGCUGUCUUCACUUCAAGGUUAUGCAAAGGCUCACCCUGAGUCUGACAAAACAAACGAUGAAUUAGAACAAGACGUCCUUAUCCACGUCACGAGUAUCCUGGAGCAAUAUGAGUUGGACAAACGAAGAGGUUCCUCUAUACCCACCUUCUAUAAACCGAAAGCAAAGCCGCAAUCCCUCGCCACGCUUGUGCGACGAGAGGCUAAGCACCGAAAGGAGCAGAGCACGCUGCUGCUAUCGGAGGAGGAUCUGGGUCAGAUUUGGUUCAUGAUGAAGGAACACGGCUGCGGAAACGCGGAGGAGGGCGAGGAGGUGCGAAUCAACUACGAUGGAUUCUCGCAGGUCCUGACGCAGUGUCGUGAGUGUUUCGGUCCCCAGAUCGAGCCCUACUUCAAGGCGCACGUGUUCCUCAAGUUCGAGCGAGACACCAACGGCUGUAUCUCCGCCAACCAGUUCUGCAACUACCUCAACCUGCGAACCACCAUGCACCAAAACCGUUUGGAGCUGGCUGCCUUCGACCCCGACAACACGGGCAGCCUCAGCACGGAGCAGCUGGAGGCGUUCGUCAAGUCGCUGGUGCCGCACACGCCCGCACUCGAAAGCAUGCAGCCCAGCUUCCUGGAGCACUACGGGCGCAUCGCGGUGCGCAAGCUGCUGUUCUUCCACGGCAAGAACGGCUGCGUGCGCAUCAAGGACCUGGUCAACAGCAUCGUGCUGCAGGAGCUUAACGAGUUGAAGCACAGCCAGCUGCAAGAGCACCAGCUCAUCUCCAACUGGUUCUCAGUCCAGUCAACCCAGCGCGUGUACAAGACCUUCCUGGCGCUGGAUGAGGACAUGAACAACCUGCUCAGCCGACUGGAGUUCAGCGCCAUCAGCAACGGCACCAUGAGCCAGCUCUUCAUCGGCCGCAUCUUUGAGGAGCAUGUGAUGCGAAGCCGGGUGAUGCAGGGGCGCAACGUGCACAGGGACGAGAUGGACCUGCUUGCCUUCACCGACUUCGUGCUUGCAUGGGACCACCGCUCCAACCCCGCGGCCAUCAAGUACUUCUUCGAUAUCUUCGACCUCAAGAAACAGGGCUACAUCUCGCCCGCCGAGCUGUACACGUUCUUCAAGGAGAUCCACCACAUGUGGGUCCACGUGAUGCACGAGUACGCCGACCUGUCCAUAUACGACGUGGUGGACGAGAUCCUGGACAUGAUCAAACCCAAGGUGACCGCCCGCAUCACGGCGGAGGACCUGGCUGCCAGCGGCAUGAGCGGCAUCUUCUUCUCCAUGCUGUCGGACGUGAAGCAGUUCUACGACUACAACUACCGAGAGAACUUCAUGCACCAGGACGAGGACUCGGGGUCGUGAGGG